GUCGCCACAGGCUCUGCUCUGCUCUACGCACCUCCCGCCUGUCGAGUCGCACCGCUUCACCUCCCACCAAGUCGACCCUCGAUCUACCAAGAUGCUCCAGCUCGCCCCCGUCCUCGCGGUGGCCGCCCUCGCCGGAUCCGCCGUCGCUCAGUCGACGCCCCUCGCCGCAAAGCGCUUCCAGUGGGACAACCUCCCGUACAAGGCCGACACCGACAACGGCGUGCGUGGUCCUCAGGCCGGCUACAACCGCUGCAACGAGACGACGCAGGGCCAGGAGUCGAUGUGCCAGACCGCCGUCAUCAACAGCAUCGACGACUUCUGCCUCUGGGCACCGCCCGAGUAUGGCGAGGAGGUCGGCAACAUCGAGGGUGAGAUGGUUGCCUGGUGCACCAAGGAGGGAUACGGCACGCGCAUCAUCCCCGAGGGCGCGCUCCAGGGCGUCCAGUUCACUCGGACGCCCCACUACAUCCAGGUCGUCGGCUUCAUCGACCAGGCCAAGAUCAACAUGCUCCCGGAGGACUACGGCGGAGAGAUGGACCCGCACGGUGCCGACCAGCGCGGCAACCCGCUCGGCGGCCUCGUGUUCUCGAACCAGUUCGCCGGCAACAGCUCGACCAACGGCACGUCGGGUGGCCAGCAGUUCUCGCAGGUCAUCCAGUGGCACAACUUCAUGGGCGCGUCGCAGUUCUGCCUGAAGGCGUGCGACCCGUCGUGGGACCAGGGCUGGCGCAUGUGCGAGCACAUCUACGACCGCAUCGGCUGCCAGUACAACGCGCCCGCUUCCUACAGCCAAAUCAAUUCCACUUUUACAUCGUGUGACGGCGACGACCAGCUUCCUCCCGGCAUCUACAGCGAGAACGGCCAGCGCCGCGAGUACACGCAGCCGCCCGAGUCGCUCGGCGUCAUCUCGACGAUCCCGUACACGCCCUUCACGCCCUCGUCGAGCAACUGCGAGACGUUCACCUCGGCCAACCUCUACACGGCGGCCGCUGCGGCCGCGACGACCUCCUCCUCGGCCGUCGAGUCGUCGGCUACGUCCUCGUCAUCGAGCGCGAGCGAGAUGUCGUCCGGCGCGUCGAGCGCGUCGGGCUCGUCGUCGAGGUCGGACUCUGCGUCGGGCACUGCCCCCUCGGCGACCGGUUCGACCGGCGGCAACGCGGCCGCGCAGGGCGGCAACUCGGGCGCCGAGGGCCUCAAGGUGGCGGGCGUCAUGGCGGCAGGUGUCGCCGGCCUCAUCGGCGCGCUCGUCGCGCUCUGAGCGACAUCUCUCUUUUCCUUUCGCCUCGUACCCCUCGCAUUGUCCGCCCCACCCGUUCUCUCAUAGCGUUGUCGCACUCUUUCCCCCAUCCUUUCCCCCUCCUACGCGUCUCGCUUUCUCCUCGCCCUCGCACAGACACUCGAGCCUCGAGCUCCGUAGCAUGUCCCUCUCUUUACCUUAGUCUCCCUGGAUUUCACCUCUCGUUCGCUCUUUC